AAUCAGCUGCCGGGUAGAUAUUUGAAAGCAGAGAUGGCGGAGGUUCGAGCCGCGCUGCAGCGCUGUGAUCCCGUCCUGCUGGACCCGCACGGAGACCCGGAGCCGGACGGCGACGAGGCGGCCCGGAUGGUGCUGUUCCUCACGGAAAGCCGCCGCAUGCAGAAGGUUUUGUGGCGUCAGCUGUUUGUACUGGACUCCAUGAUGUCACUACUGGAAGGUCUGGAGUCUGCCCAGCAACUGAUGAUCCAGCCCUGCCCCCUACAGCCAGAGGGCGGGGCUCGGGGCAGGUGGAAGGCUCUGAAGGCGGGGAGCAGGUCAGGGGUGGAGGAGACAGAGGUGCUGCUCAGGUCUUUGCAGGACAGAGUCCAACAGAUCCACAACAGACGGCACACACUCACACAGCUGGUUCAACAGCUGCACACCAAGAAGCAGCAGCGUGAACAGCUGGAAGAGUCUCUGCUGAAGGCCCAGAAUGCACUGCAGUCAUGUGACCAUCAGCUGGCCAAGCUGAGGGCGGAGUCAGAGGUGGCACUGGGGCGCCUGAUCAGCUGGCAGCGACUCAGAGACGAGCUGCAGGCACAAGUCUCUGCCACACAGGAUGUCAUGCAGGUCACCCUGAUUACCUUCAGCCAAUCAGAACUAUGUGUGGAGCUCAGGCCACACCCCUCCUCUAACCUGUCAUCCGGUGAGCUGGAGCCGCUGAGGCUGUCAGUCACCUGGAGCCACGAUGACCGCUUCAGACUGCAGGUGAGUGAGGGGAUGGCCGGCCUCGUGGAGGACAGUCUGACGGGCCGGCGGGCAGAGCUGAGCGCCGCCCUGCUGGAGGUGAUGCAGGGUUACGUGGGCCAGGCGGAGCUGCUGUCUGAGAUCCAGAGCCUGAGGUCCAGCUUUGCCAUCGACUGGCGUCCCGCUCAGCGCCUGCUCAUCUACCUGAAGACGGCGUCGCUGGUGUGUCAUCUGGAGGUGGAGGAGGGUUACCCGAGCGGGGGGCGGGCUCGGCUGCUGUCUGUACGGAGGGACGGACAACAUGUGGACACAUCUGGGCUGAAGCCUCCUAAAGCUGACCUGCGUCUGACCGAGUGGCUGGUUCUCCUCUGCAGCAGUCCUCUCCUCUGACAGACGUCCUCUCUCUCCGGCACGUUUGUGUUCUGUUCUGUUCGUUUCUCUGUUUGUUUGUGAUCACAUGAAAAUAAACUGAGUGUGUGAAACAUGAAA